CCGGGCCGAAAAAGCGGGCAGUGGGGGAGGAAGCACGAGGAAGAGAGUGGCGGGAACCCAGUGCAGCCCCAGGGAGUGGCGUCCUCAUUGGGGGGUGUGGCCCGGAAGGAAUAACAAGGACAACUUGUAUUUAUUGUGCAUUGCUGGGCUCCCUGCUGGGCGCGUGACUUCACUAGGAGGUGCGUGUGUGCCUGUGUAUGUGUCUCAAAGUUAAACUGCCAAGAGAAUAUUCCGACAUCAACAUGCCCCAUGCUAGCAAGAACACAUAUUGCAUUCACCUCACCCUCACGUUCCCGCCUCUUCCAGACACGGAAACCGCUGCACAGGUGGGUGAAGAUCACAGCUAAUAAGGGGUGGGCUUAGGAUUUGCAGCUAGUCUCCAGGAUAGGGGCUGUGCACAGGCGAGCCAGUCAGAGGCCCAGGACACCACAGACACGCCACCCAGACCCAGGGCUUCAUCUCCUCUUUCUACUGGAGUCCAGCUUCUGUCCUCCCCCCCCCCCCCGCAGCCUCCUUCCUGGUCUCUGUCCCCACAUCCUGCCCCCUGUCCCCCAGAGGGACCCCGUUAACACCGAGUCAGACCCCAGCCUUCCUCAGUCAAAACCCUCCUCUGUUUCUACCUCAUUCAGAGUCAAAGUCCUCACAAUGGUCCACGAAUCCUCACUAUCCGGGCUGGUUUCUCUUUGACUUCAACUCUUCCCACUUCCCCCUUGCUCUAGCCACAAUGGUCCUCAAAUGGAGCAAGCCGGCUCCUGCCUCAGGGCCUUUGCACUGCUGUCUCUCUGCUUGGGAUACUCUAGUCCCAGACAUCCUCAUGGCUCGCUCUCUCACUUCCUUUGGGUGUCAGCUCAUAGGUCCCAUCUCUCAGAGCCUUUCCUGAAAUGCUCCCUCUGCCUUCUCUAGUCCCUCACCCCACCGUAUUCUCCUCCACUGGUGCUCACCACCCGAUGUGUUUAUUGUCCCACCUCCUCACAACGAAUGGGAGCUCCCUGAGGAGACAGAUUUAGAUGACCUCCUUCCACCCUGAAUCCCCCGCGCCUAGAACAGCUGUAACACACAGUAGGUACUCAAUAAGGACUUAGUGAAUGAAUGAAGUAGUGACUUAGAGAGGACCCGCAAUCAGAAGGUCCUGGACAAGAGGUCGGGCGUGUCGGAUUUGCGGAUGUGACGAGGUACCAGAGCAAAGGAGGCUUGGUGACAUAGGAGAAAAAGCUGUUUGGAGUCAGACAGACCUGGGUCGAAUCCGGACAGCCCCAUUUUGCCAUGAUCCUUUCUUAAAUACGCUAUUAGGGGUGUGUUUACCAGCCCUGGGCCUCAGUUACCUCACCUGCAAAAUGGGAAUAUUGCCCAUCCCCCACGGUGGUGAUAAGACGUAAGUGAGAUUGUGCACGUGGAGGCACUUGGGUCUCUAUUUGGUUCACAACAGGUUCUUUCAUCAAUAUGCCUUCAGACGGUGUCAGGCGGCUUCUCUGGCCCAGCGAUGUCUGAAGGUAGUUUUCCCCAGCAGGUAGAACAUGGGACUGCAUGGGAGAAAUUUAGGUGGUUCACGAACAUGGCUUUGAAUGAGUCUGAACCGCACAGUGAGAGACGUACCCUUUUCUCACUUUUCUCCGAAGCUUCCUGAUUAUGUUAAAGAGGAAGGCUCAAUUUCUGUGCUGGCGUUCCUUGACCUCCCUCAUACUUGCUAAUCUCCUCUUUUAUUUUUAUUUUUUUUGAUGUUUAUUUAUUUAUUUUGAGAGAGAGAGAGAAAGCAGGGGAGGGGCAGAGAGAGAGAGAGAGAGAGGGGGGGGGGGCAUCCCAAACAGGCUCCAUGCUGUUAGCGCAGAGCCUGAUGCAGGGCUGAACCGUGAGAUCACGACCCGAGUGGAGACGGAGUUGGGCGCUUAACCGACUGAGCCGCCCUGGUGCCCCGCUAAUCUCCUUUCUUAACAAAGGACGAUCCGGAGCUGCAGCCAGCUACAAUGUAACACCACUGUUCGCUUCUCACCCUGUUUUCUGGUACUGUCUGUCUAUGGGUAAGCGAUCCUGUCUUUCCUCCUACAGAAGCGACAUAUAAUACACUUAAGAAAGUAAGCUGGCUUAAGGAAAAAUAUCAGUAAUAGAGCUAGGAUGGAGGGCGGAUACAUGCCACUGUGAGGGUGGCGUCCCGGGAGGGAAGUGUGGGAGGGAGUCUCUGAGUCAGGGAGUGUGCCGACUCCAGCCCCACGGUCCUGCUCUUGGAAAUGGAAGCAGCAGGCUCAGGGGCCGAGGUGUCCAUCAGCGAUCCGGAGGCCUCAGAUUUACUCCAGCUCCCUGCCCCCCCCCCCCCCCAUGAGGCCCCGGGGCAAAAUCACAGCCAAUUCUAUCCAGAUGAGAAUGAAGGUUUUGACAGGCAAGGGGGGAGGUCUGAGACAGAUGAUGACAGAAAGUGCUGGCAGCAGGGCAGGCCUGGGCUUGGCUCUGGCCCUACCCCACACCCACCCCACACACCCACCGCUCCCCUCUGAGCCCCAGAUUCUCGGUCUCUACAUGGGGUUACAGUGAGACCAGCUCCCAGGGCUGUGUGAGCCUUGAAGUGCUUAAUCCAGCACCGGGCACAUAGAAGGCCCUUGACAAACUGAAGUUGCCGUGGUGAUUAUAUUGUUAUUCCCACUGCCACCAUUAUGAUUAUCAUUAAACGGAGGUAAUGACAACAGGUAGGGCUCCCUGGGACAGACCGGGACCGUGUUUACACGGUGAGAGGAUGUUACAAGGUGGGGUGCGGGUGCUGGGGUGGAGAGAGACUGACUGAGAGGCAUUGAGAAAGGCGGAUGGAAACCGGCCCCUCCUAACUCGGUGAUGAGUCCCAGUGAUACAAGGCCAGGGACAAGUGGGAGGACCCCGGGCCCUGGAAGCAGAGAGGCGGCCCCGGGUGCUACUAAACCGGGGUGAGAGGGCAAGACGCCCAAACUCUGUGUCCUGAGCCCAGAUGUGGGGGGUGGGGGGCCCUCACGCCGACCCCUCCUCCCUCGCAGCCCAGGCCCGGCGGAGACAGGGGUGGGUGGGGCGAGCAGCAGUCCAGGCCUCCCAGGAGGCUGUGAGCUCACACACGUGCCCCCAGUGGGCCAGGUAAACAGGAUGGGUGCCUGGGUCACUGCUUCCUCCCACUCAUUCCCUGGGGGUGGCUGGCCCGCCCAGCUCCUCUGCUCCGCACCCAGCUUUCUCAGCCAAGAGCAGCCCGAGUGCUGAGACGCCCUGGUGACCGCUCUGGGGCUGGCCACUUCCUUCCCCGGCACCCGGGGUCCCCACUGAGGGUAGUCUCACAGCUCCCAGGCCCUCUGCGGGCUGGAAGGUACGGGAGAAGGUGAGGACAGUCACCUUUAGGUGACAGUAUGGGCGGGAAGACAGAUGGGAGAGACAAAGGCCACCAAAACCAAGGCAGCAAGGCCAAGGAAGGGCACCUGCCUCUCAACCUGGUGCCCCUGACCCAGGCUGGCUUCCACCUAGUGGGUCCUGCCCCACUGGGUUCCUAUGCUGGCCUCCCUGGUUGGGUCCUGCCUGUGGUUCCUCUCUCCUAAGUCCCCUCCAUCCCACCACCUCUAGGAGACGCCAACCACCUGUCUCCUUGGAUGCCCCCAUCCCCACCCUGCGCCCCAAAUUCCUAAGGUUGGGAAAUCGGAACACUUUUGCACCUGCCUCAUCCCAUGUCUCCCUCCCUCCCUGAUUCUUGGGCUCCCUCUCUGUUUCAACACAGAUUCUCGGACUCACAAUUACAGCUCAUUACCCUAUCGGUGGCUGGCCCUGAGUCACGAGGGAGGGACACAGGGCUGCCCAGCCCUGCCACCUUCUCCCAAGCUGCAGUAUAAGGAGUAGAGGCAGGGAGGAGGACUCUGGGAAGGCAGGGGAGUCUGGGAAAGGAGAGAGAAGGCUGCACACCUAGAGGGAGGGAGAAGUCCGAAGGAAGAAGAGAACAGAGGAGGCCACGCAGCAGGGAGGAGGAGACAGGGCAGAGAGAAAUAAACUCGGGUGGGAAGAAGGCAGGAGGGAGAGAAGGAGCGAGGCGGAGAUGAGGUUGCAGGGCUCCCUGGCCUGCCUCCUGCUGGCCCUGUGCCUGGGCAGUGGGGGGGCCGGCCCGUUGCCGAAAGAAGGGGAGGGUGCGGGAGCAGGUGUCGAGGAGGCCGUGGGACACGGGAUGGGAGACGCCAUUGGAAAGGGGGUGGGAGAUGCCAUCAGCCAAGGAGUUGAAGAGGCUGCUGGCGAAGGGACCGGAGGGACCGCCGGCUCUGCAAGCAGGGGGGCCACGAACCGUGGCAUGGAGGAGGCAGCCCGCGUCCUUGGGAACCCUGGGGGUGAGGCAGGCAGGCAGGCUGAGAACAUCAUUCGCCGCGGAGGAGAUGCGGUUCACAGCUCCUGGCAGGGCGUGUCUGGCGGCAACGGUGCUUGGGGAACCGAUGGCCAACCUCCAUCUGGAGGCCAUGGCAUCUUUGGCUCCCAGGGUGGCUUUGGAGGCCACAGCCAGGGCAACCCUGGAGGCCCGGGGACUCCUUGGGGCCAGGGAUACCCCGGAGGUUCAGAUGGCAGCUUCGGAACCCACUCUCAGGGAGGCGCCUGGGGCCAAGGAGCCAAUGGAGGAUCUUUGAACUUGGGGCCCAACGCUCAGGGGACCGUGGUCCAGCCCGGGUACGGCUCAGUGAGAGGCAGCAGCAGCUCACACACAGAGUGCACCAACCCCCCGCCAUCUGGCUCAGGCGGAAGCUCUGGCAACUCCGGGGGAAGCGGUGGCAGCGGCGGUGGCAGCAGUGGUGGCAGCGGCGGUGGCAGCAGCGGUGGCAGCAGUGGCAGUGGCAGUGGCAGCAGCGGUGGCAGCGGCAGUGGCAGCGGCGGUGGCAGCAGCGGUGGCAGCGGUGGUGGCAGCAGCGGUGGCAAUGGUGGCAGCAAUUAUGGGCCCAGCUGGGACCGUCCCUUAGAAAAUUCUAGGAAUUUUGAUCAAAGCAGCUACUCAGGCUCCCAGGGACACAGUUCUGGCUCUUCCUCGGGUAGCAGUGGCGGCGGAAGCGGUGGUGGAAAUAAACCCGAGUGUGACAACCCAGGGAAUGAAGUCCGCGUGUCUGGAGGAUCUGGGGGUCAGGGCUUCCAAGGAGGACAGGGAGGGCCCGGCAGCUCUGGUGACAUCAGGGAAAUAAGCAAAGAAGGCAGUCACCUCGUUGGGGGCUCCCAAGGCAAUUAUCAGUGGCAAGGGUCCGGUGGUGAAGCUGUCAGUGGGAUCAAUACCUUGAACUCUCAGACAUCUCCUGGGCUCUUCAACUUCGACACUUUCUGGAAGAAUUUUAAAUCCAAGCUCGGUUUCAUUAACUGGGAUGCCAUAAACAAGGGCCAAGUCCCGUCCCCCAGCACGCGGGCCCUCCUCUACUUCAGCCGGCUCUGGGAGGAUUUCAAACACAACACCCCUUUCCUGAACUGGAAAGCAAUUAUCGAGGGCGCCGAUGCGUCAUCGCUCCAGAAGAGGUCGGGCGGCGCCGGUCAGUCUGGCACGGGAUGGCAAGAGGUGGCGGCCGUAACUUCUAAGCACAACUAUUACCAGCAGGCACACCCUACUCCUUCUGGUGGGCAGUACUCAGCCAAGACCCCCUCUAAGGGGGUAGUCACGCCUUCUUCCUCGGCUUCCCGGGUGCAGCCCGGCCUGCUGCGGUGGGUGAAGUUCUGGUAGGGAGGAGCAAGAGCGAGGGGACCCGCAGGCGAGACAGGUGGGACGCCGCGAGAUUUCGGGAGCACCGAGACUGGAUGAAGGGACACCUGGUUUCAGCAGAUUCCGGAGUAGCCACGGGCUACCGUUUGCUCUUUUCUUUUUUAGAAGAUUAUUUCCAGUCAUGACCGAGGCCCCGAAAAACGUCAGUCUUCGAGGAGCCCGACCGGGCCGCGUCCCUAGCUCUCCCCUCCCUGUGUCAGGCUUGGUCUAGGUGCUGACACCUGUUUUUUCCAGGUUGGGGACCAAGUCUGUCUGUCCCUUGUAUCUUGCAACCGCACUGUGGGGUCUCCGUGACCAGCAACUUCGUCAGAUAAACCCGCCACUUUUGUGACCUGAAGUCGGUGUGACAGUUCUUCAGAAGAGGCUUCUUCUCCUCCUGAGUUUCUUUAUGGAAAUAAAACCUGAAUCUUGUUUCCCUAA